AUGCCAAGCAUUUACGUGCAAGAACGGCAACAGCAAUGGAGCAAUGGGCUGGGCGGUUGCUUCGUACUUUCCAAAGGAAGUACAUUAUACAGUACCGGUACUGUGCUGUACUCGAGCGCGUGCACUGGGGCACUGGGAGGAAGGAAGGCUUCACCGCAAGGAAGGCUGGAUGGAGCCCUGGGCCGACAACGAGGAAGGGCCACCAGCGCAGCCGUGCAGGCAAGGCAAAGUAGGGCAAGGCAAGGCAGGACAGGACAGGGCAGGAGGUACCAAUGGGUGGGGAAGAACCACCCCAAGCUCCGUCCCCCACGUCAAGCUUGA